CGCAAUAUCCACUGCACCGCAGGCUGUCACUGAUGAUGACCGCAAAAGCAGAGCUUCCGGGCUGGCCAGAGUACCCGGAGGACUUCUCCCUGCUACAGCAGAAAAAUCUGGCCCACCUCAGCUCCAAAACGUGGAUUUCCUCAAACUCGGUCCGUGGCUUUUCGCGGAGGGAAGCGCACGGCGCCGCAGAUGCUGGGAUUUCCCUGGAGAAACUCGGGUCAGUGGGUAGACUCCACGAGUGCGCGUCCGCAGAGACGGGCCACGCGAGGGCAUCCGAUGGAGACAAGGGGAGCGGCUUGGGGCCUCAGAGACACCGGCGCGUCGCAGCCAACGCCAGGGAGCGCAGGCGGAUGCACGGUCUGAACAAAGCCUUCGACGAACUGAGGAGCGUCAUUCCAUCGCUGGAAAACGAGAAAAAGUUGUCCAAGUACGACACCCUCCAGAUGGCGCAGAUCUACAUCACUGAGCUGUCUGAGCUGCUGGCCGGCGUGGUGCAGCAGGAGUCCAGAGGCCCCCGCUCAGGGUCAGAGAAGACCUCCAGGAGGAACUUGAUUCACUCGAUCCGCCCGGACGCGGCUGCGCAGCCAGCCAUGCUGCUGACGGGAGAGGAGCAGCAGCAGCAGAGAGACCAAUCCAUCAACCACCUGAUCAUACUCGGACCUUCAUCUGUGUUGGAGUCCAACACGUCAGAAGCGUCCUCCAGCAGCAGCGAUGGUGAAUCCUUGACUCUCAGCGACACGGAGGACAGUCAGACUGGGAGACAGUGACAGAGAGGCAGUUUAUUCCCAACUGGUUCCCAGAUGUUCACAUGGAAGUGAGGCAGAGCUGCUGCUGUUUGCUCCAGUAGAUUAGAUGUUGCGCUGCUGGAUUUCAAAAGUGAAGAAAACUCACUCGUUUGUCUGAGAUCCUGACUUGGUUUCCUCUUGAUGAACUAAAAGAGGCCUUCGCCUGCACUUUAAGGUCCCGAACAAUAACUUGUGGCAUUUUCCAGUCAGUGGUUGGAUCCGAGCUUUUAUUUUGAAAUAAAACAAGUAUUUUUCUAUUUAAGAAUAGCUAAUCU